AUGGAUAAAGCAAAUAAGACAAGUGUGUCAACUGAUAGCAAAGUUAUUAAUUUUUUAAAUGUAACAUCAAUUGAGGAUACACCAAUAAAAGAACUUUUAAAACAACCAUAUUAUCAUGGAUUUUUACCAAGAGAAGAUAUCAAUAAAAUGCUCAAAAAAGAUGGUGAUUUUCUGGUACGCCUCUCUGAACCUGUAGCUGGUAAAGAACGUGCCUACAUUUUAUCUGUACGAAUAAAACCACAAAAAGGAAGUGUAACAAUAAACAAAUGUUUGAAUCAUUUUGUUAUCAAAAAAACUCCAAACAAUAAAUAUAAAAUUUCAAAAGCAGCUUUUAAUUCAGUUGUGGAAUUGAUAAGUCAUCAUACUGAAACAAAAGCAUCAGUCUCAUGUGGUAAUGAUAUUAUUUUAAAAAAUGCUGUAGGAAAACAAUCAUGGGAAUUCUGUCAUUCUCAGAUUAAAACAACUAAAAAAUUAGGAGAAGGUGCAUUUGCUGAAGUUCAUCUUGGAACAUAUGAGAACAAUGAAACUGGAAAAAUUACAGACGUUGCAAUUAAACUAGCUAAAUUAGAAAAAUUAACAAAAGAACAGGUAAAAGAAAUAAUGAAAGAAGCCAGAUUAAUGAGAACUUUUUUCCAUCCAAAUGUCGUUAGAUUACUUGGUGUUGCAGCAGGCCAAGAACCAUUAAUGUUAGUUAUGGAACUUUGUGCUAAAGGUGCUCUUGACAGUUAUUUACAAAAAAAUAAUUUAGAUACUGAUAGAAAAAUGAAUAUGUGUUGUGGAGCUGCAUUUGGAAUUGAAUAUCUUCAUUCACUAAAAAUUAUUCAUCGUGAUAUUGCUGCAAGAAAUUGUUUAUAUGGAGGAGAUGGACAAGUAAAAAUAUCAGAUUUUGGUAUGAGUGUUAUAGGUACUUCUUACAAAAUAGAUACAAAAGGUAGAGUACCAAUUAAAUGGUGUAGUCCUGAAACAAUUACUUCAAAAACUUAUUACACAAAAAGUAAUGUAUUUGCAUAUGGUAUAAUGGUUUGGGAGAUAUUUAAUAAUGGUAAAGAACCAUAUCCUUCAUUAUCUAAUCAUGAAUUUGUUAUAAAAUUUAUAAAAGAAGAUUAUAGAAUGACUUUACCUGAUGAAAUACCUAAAAAUUUUAAAGAAUGCAUUUUGAAAAAAUGUUGGGAAAGAAAUCAUAAACUACGUGCAACGAUGACUGAGGUAGUUGAAUGUUUGCAACGAGAAACUGGAAUUUGCCGUUAUGAAGCACAAAGAGAGCAACAAAACGAUGAAAUCGAACCCAAAUCAUUAAAUGAAGUUGCAAAAACUGUUCAAGAAAAAAAUUAA